AUGGCGACCGGCAAUACAAGCAAGCCAUCCGCGCCCAUCAACAUCACCCAAAAGAGACCCUCUGCUCAGGCUCAGACGACUUCCUCCGGAGACCACCGCCCACAGUCGAAUCGAAGUCGCUUUGAACUCGGCCCUGCCAGCCUACAGGAGAGGGUUGGCUUCGAACCCGUGACCCGGACUUCAUCCUCGUUGGCCGUUGCGAUGCCAUGCCAGGCGUGCCAGCGUUUCGGCUUGCGGUGCGUCACCCGCGACGACAAGGACGGCUGCACGCCCUGCCUCGAGGCCGGCGCCGAGUGCUCUCUGCUCGCCCUGAGCCCCCAGUCCCGUAAGAGAAAGCUGCACGGCGAGCCGUCUGGGGAAGGCACCGUCAAGAGAGGAUUCUCCACGUCGGAUCUGCACUCUCGGCGACAUACUACCAACAGAUAUGCCAGAAAUACCACCAGCGCCAGUCUCCUCGAAGACUUUGCCAAUGUCGGCGGACCGACCAGCCUCGGCCGUACACUGGGUCUGCAGCUCGACCGCCACAGCCUGUACAUCGGGCACACGACCGACUUUGAGCCCUCGCUGCUCAACCUCUCCGACUACGACCCCGAGAAUGAAAACACCUUCUCACGCGGGUCGCUGCGUAAGGUCAGCGAGGGAAACAACUUCCUCCUCGUCUCGGACAGCACCACGCGCGGCUAUGCGCAACAGCAGCAAGACGUCAUGGCCGUCGAGGCGCUCGUCGCGCCACAUGGCCGCGCCCUCAUCGAUCUCUUCUUCCAACGCGUGCACCCGGCGUUCCCCAUUGUGCAACAGUACGUCUUCAUUGAAAAGUACGAGCGAGACUAUCAGGAGUUUAGUCCAUCGCUGCUCGCUGCCGUCUACUUGCUGGCCAUCAACUGGUGGAGUCAUAGCCCGGCGCUGGCCGAGCUGCAGCGACCCGAUACGGAUGCGCUGGAGCGUAUUGUGCGUAGCAGUCUAGCUGACUCCAUGUGCCGCCCGAAGCUGUCGACGGUCGAGGCCGCGCUGCUGCUCGCGCAGAUCCCCGGCAGCGCGCCGUGGGCAUCGACGGCGCAGCUCGUCGCCAUCAGCCAGGAGCUCGGCCUGCAUCUGGAUAGCUCCGGCUGGGACAUACCGCCCUGGGAGAAGGGCGUUCGCAAGCGCCUCUCCUGGGCCGUCUACAUGCAGGACAAAUGGGGCGCCCUCAUCCACGGUCGACCCUCUCACAUUGCCCCGUCCAACUGGGCCGUCCGCGGCCUCACCGUCCACGACUUUCCCGACAUUGACCCGGACGAGUGCGAUGCCGCACAACAGGACGAGAACGAGACGGGCCGGGUCGUCUUCAUGCGCUUCGUCCAGCUCACCACCAUCCUGACCGAGAUCCUCGACACAUUCUACACGCUCGCUGCCAUGCACAAGGUCGAGCACGCCGGCGCUCAGGGUGCCCAGAUGGUGCUCGCCCAAGCCAAACCCAUCCAGCUCAAGCUCAAGGAGUGGUACGCCGAUCUGCCCGCAUGCGUGCGGCUCGAGUCGCUCUCCGCUUCGAGCGGACGCAGCACUCCCUCCGCUGCCGUCGGGCCCGCCGGGGCCGCCAUUCCUGGACAACAACGGCCGCCCUCGGCCAACGUGGGCUACCUACACCUGGCGUACUUUUCCGCCGAGAUCUCGCUGCACCGGCGCAUCGUUGGGGUGUUGAGCGCCUCACCAACGACGGUCGACUCGUACCUGGAGGACAUCUGCCGAAGCGCGGCCAAGGCGCGGCUCAUCUCGAGCAUGGACUUUGUCAACCGGCUGUCACCGGCGCACCUGCGCGCGUUCUGGUACUUUGCGUCCAAGACGGGCUUCGCGCUCAUCGGCACCUUUGGUGCGCUGUUGUGGGCGACGAGCCCUGGCCGCGAAGAGGCCGACUGGUACCGCCGCCGCCUCGCCGAGUACCGCUGGACGCUGUCUGUCAGCGCCAAGCAGCCCGGCCAGCAGGGUCGCUACCUGACGGGCUUCGCGAUGGACAUGCUGGACACCUCCACCGGCUUGCUGCUGCGCCAGCUGCCGGAGAAGCCGUCCCUGAGCCGGCGCCCGACGGGCGCGAUGGACAUGACGGGCCGCUCGCUGCCAACUUCGUUUUCGAGCUAUGGAGGUAGCAGUGGUGGACUUUCCGUGCAGGGAGGCGGCUUUAGGGGCAUGGGCGUCGCAAUGAAUAGAAGUAGCCCGCAAAGCUUGGACAGCGAGGACGACAGUGCGGUUAGCGAUGAUGAGGACGAUUUGGAGGACGACUAUCGUAUGGCCUUGUAA